AUGGGAAAUGCAUACCAUAUAUAGAAAAAUGGUUUUCUUGAUGAGAUAAAUAGGGAAAUGGUGAAUCCGCUUUGAUUCGGGAAGUGGACGAAGACUCGGUUUCUGCAAAUAUCAUGGCGAAAUUCCCCAUUUUCAGCUGCAAUUUCCCCUUGAUUUUCCUCCUGUCUUCGUUCUAUUUCCUGACCCUACAACCCAUUUCGUCUUCCUCACUCAAAUCCCUAAACAACAACCCCAACUUUGAUUCCGAAAUUGCUCUCUUCGGCGACGCCGAGACCGUAGACGCUGGCUCCUAUGUCAACAUUACCCGGCCAUCGGUCUCAAGCUCCGGUCUUCUACUCCGCCAAAAGCCCUUCAAAUUUCUCGAUGCCAAUCUGAGCAGCCCGACGUCGUUUUCCACGGAAUUCACCUUCUCGCUGACGCCUGGCAGUGGCGACGGCCUUUUACUGGUUUUGGCUCCCAAAGAUUUUGGGUCCACAUUCUCGGGUAAGGGCCCGUUUGGGCUUAACGGUGAGAAUCGAUUUCUGGGUAUUGAAUUUGACACCGAAAUGAAUGGAAAUGUAAACGAUUUAAAUGCCAAUCAUAUAGGGGUCGAUGUGGGUAGCUUUGUAUCUCUCACUGUUGGUAAUGUUUCUUCAUUGAAUUUAGAGCUUAACAGUGGAGAAAAGUUGAAAUCUUGGAUUGAUUAUGUUGCUAGUUCGAAAAGAUUGGAAAUUAGGCUAAGUAAAUUGGGUGAACCAAGGCCUUACAAUCCGAUUACGGCAUACGGAAUUGAUUUGUUGGCAAUGUGGAAAAAUGAGGAUGUGUAUGUAGGUAUUAGCUCUUCGAAUUCGAAUGGCAAUUCGUCGCAGAUUAGCAGUGUGUAUUCUUGGUCAUUUAGGCUAAGAAACAUUCCAAAUUCAAUGCAUUCUCUUCCGGUGAAUCCAAGGGGAUAUUUGGAUGAGCAUGGUGAGCAUUUGAGUGUGCAUAAGCAGCGUGUAUGUCCAUUGACAGUUCUUGCUGGGAUGAUUUUCGUGACUGGUUGUGGAGCGUUGGUGGCUUUUGUGGUGCUGUUUUUGUGGGCUAUUAUCAUUAGUAGGCACACGGUGUUCCCUGCUGAGUUUCCUGUGAAGCCUGUGGAUUUCAGGUAUGAGAAGAUCAAUGUAGUUGUAGAGAAGGAUGCCGAUAGUGUCAAGAAGCAGAGCAUAUAAAGGUGCCACCUUUUGCUUUGAAUGUGUGUUGCUAAUGUUUUUGCAAGUUGUAACGAACAAAUGUGAUGAAUUUUGUUGUUAUGGUUGUGCAUUUAGAUAGUCAGCCUUGAUCAAUCAACUCUGAUGAUUAAAUAUGUCUUGUAUAUAUAUGGCUCUGUCUUUUUCAGGCACUAUAUGUAGCUCAAUUUUGUGCAAUGUAGCGUGAAAAUUUUAUUA